ACGAGACAGCUCAAGGUGCAGCGCCCCUCUCCGGAUUACAGCUCUGCCCACGGGAGACCUCCAGCAAGCAACCCACAUCCCAGCAACCCCUCCAAUGCACCGAGACAGACAGACAGACGCAGUCAUUCGCACUUCAUGCCAGCCUCUCAAAACCAAAAAAAACACACAAACCGAGCUGGGAGGAUGGUUUACUGACAUCGCUCCACCUUCUCCAACUCUUGAAAUACUGUCGGCAGAGAGACAUAACAGGUUCGGAAACUGACAAGACGAGCCAGCUCCAAUUUAUUGUUGUCACUGUUAUUCCAAAUAGUACGGAACAAAAAAAAGAUAUUAAGUGGGCGCCAUGGCUAAUAACGACGAACUUGCCAAUGCAGCUGCUCAAGGGAACUAUGACAAGGUGAACGAAUUGUUGCAUAAUGGAGCAGACGUCGAUGGGAUCAAUAGUUUUGGUAGGACCCCCUUACAGGUGAUGAAAAUGGGCUGUCCGGAAAUUUGUCGCCUUCUCCUGCAACACGGAGCAGAUCCUAACCGGCAGGAUAAUCAACAAAUAGCAUUGAUCCAUGAUGUUGCCAGGGAAGGUUUCCUGGACACGUUGCAAGUUUUGAUCGAAGUCGGGAAUGCCGACGCAAAUCUUCGGGACAAAAACCAACAACGACCCAUCGAUCUGGCAAAGCAACACGGCCAUCUGGAUAUUGUGAACUAUCUAGAUGGUGCCAGACCUGCUGGGAAUUUACAGCAGAGAUAAUGGGAACUGCAGAUGCUGGAGAAUCCAAGAUAACAAAGUGUGAAGCUGGAUGAACACAACAGGCCAAGCAGCAUCUUAGGAGCAUAAAAGCUGAUGUUUCAGGCCUAGACCCUUCAAUUUUGUUUAAUAUUAAUAACAAAAUUAAUUGU